GGAACGAAAAAAUCAGAAUGUGUCUGCCACCAAAUGAAGGACAGAUAAUAGCACAAGAAUCCAAUUCAGAAAUCCAAGCCAAUAAGGCAAUAACAAUUUCCUUUCCCAUUCACCAUCCCCCCAUUACCCAUCAACCCCAUUCCCCUUUCUAUUUCAUUCUUCAUUCCACACACACAGUCAUGGCCUCAUCGGAUCAGACCUUCUUCAACAACUCCCUCCUAGCUCUCUACCUCAUAGGCCCUCCCACAUUCAUCUCCCUCAGAUUCCUCCAAGCCCCAUAUGGCAAGCACAACCGUCCAGGGUGGGGCCCCACCAUGUCUCCGCCGCUGGCUUGGUUCCUCAUGGAAUCACCAACCCUUGGGCUCACUCUACUCCUCUUCCCCUAUGGCCAACACAGUUCCAACCCCCAAGCCUUAAUUCUAAUGACCCCCUUUCUUUUCCACUAUUUCAACCGAACCUGCCUCUACCCACUUCGCCUCUACCGGAAUACCACCCGGAAAACCACCCCCGGUUUUCCGGUCAGCGUGGCGUCGAUGGCAUUUGUGUUCAAUCUGUUGAAUGGUUAUUUGCAAUCCAGAUGGGUGUCUCACUACAAGGACUAUGAGAGUGAAAAUGGGUGGUUUUGGUGUAGGUUUUUUGUUGGGUUGGUUGUGUUUUUGUGUGGGAUGGGUGUGAAUGUGUGGUCUGAUAGGGUUUUAGUGGGUUUGAAAACAGAGGGUGGAGGGUAUAAGAUCCCCAAAGGGGGGUGGUUUGAGUUGGUGAGCUGCCCUAACUACUUUGGGGAAAUAGUGGAGUGGAUUGGAUGGGCAGUGAUGACUUGGUCAUUAGCAGGACUAGGGUUUAUGCUAUACACGUGUGCCAAUUUGGUGCCCAGGGCACGUGCGAACCAUAGGUGGUAUUUGGAGAAGUUUGGGGAGGACUAUCCCAAGUCCAGAAAAGCUGUUAUCCCUUUCUUGUAUUGAAAGCUUGAGCUGGAAGCAAAGCAUUUUCUUUCUGAGUUUUUA